UCCGGCUGGUCACUAGCAAAGCAGUAAACAUUAACAAACAUGGGUGCCACGCAAAUGCUGACGUGUACUGUCUUUUUAAUUUUAAUAACUCUAUUUCCAGUUAAUGCUACGGAUGGAGUUAUGAGUGCUAAAGUUGUCAGCUGCACUGGAUGACGAUUGAACAAGCUUCCAGAGGUUAAGAGGUUCAUCAACCGGGAUCUCCCUCUGUUUCAUAAUGUUGAGUUCAAGGCUAAACCUGGUGCAAGUCCUGAGCUUCAGCUGCUUAAUGUUAGUGGGGACAUAUUGGAGGUUAUUGACCUAAGUCCUUUUGAUCAGCAAGAAUGUAACGAGCUUCUGCUGCGCAAAGGCUUCUACAAGAAACCAAAUUCUGCAGCCGUGGUUCCUGAUGAGUAUUUGAAUGGUCCCUAUGUAGAGAUCCAGGUAGAAAAUAGUAAAAGGGUAGACUUGUAGCAGAGUGACUUAGUUUAGCUUGACUGUGUACUUGUCCAUUUAUUUAGCACUGUGGAAAGUUUUUUUUUUCUUACAGUUGUCAUACUUGAUUGUGUAUCUAUUACAUGUGUGUGACGAUUCUCUCUUUUAAUAGGUUGAAAAAAGUAAAAGAGAUUUAUAAUAUCUUUAAAAGUUUUGAAAGUAAGUAGUCUGAUUUAAGGAUGUUAUUUGUAUCUCAUUAAAAGACAAAAACUUGAGAUUCAUAGUAUGUAGUGUUUAUUUAUUUUAUUUAUUCUGGUCAUGAAGAUGUUCCUUUUUAAAAUGAAUCCCUACCUUUUUACAUUUGUUGAUUUCAUUUUCUUCUGUUAUUAAAGUUCAGUCAAGUGUGAUAUUAUUUCUUAAACAUUUGUAGUUAUUGAGGGAAAACUCUUAUUUGUAUAACCACAUUAGUUAAAUCAAUUUACUGAAAUAUUUUUUUAACACUUUAGAUUUUUUUUGUUGUAAAAUUGUUUAGAUGUAAGAGAAAAAAUAAUUUCAUUGUGUUCAAAAAUUCUUUUAACUGGUACAUGACCAAGCUUUUGUAGCAGAUUUAUAUCUGCUACACAGAAAAUGUGCAAUUUAUCCUGAGUUUGUUCAGUUUGUUGAAAGAAAAGCCUCUGUUUUAAACAUUAUGAAAGAACCCAUGAUACAGAAAUCAUUUUAAAGUUCUUAAAAAAUGGGUUAGUUUUUGUUGAAUAUUUUUACGAAUUAGUCUUCCCUUUUGUUGUUAACUACAUUUUAAUUGAUCAGAAGUAUUACAUUUUAAGACCAAUUUUACUUUGUUUCAAAACCAAUUUUUAAAAAGUAUUUACUUGAACCUGCCCUUUGAUUUUGAGAGAUCUAUUACAUUUAAAAUGUAUGAAGUGGGUGAAUGGUUUUACCUAUAAAUAUUUUAUUGAUGGUGUAGUGUGACAGGUGUUGCUCCAACCAAUAAUAUGUCACAGAGAAAUGAACCUAAGCCGGAUCUUGAGUGGUCACAUGAUGCUGGCAACCUAAACACAGCGGGUUGUUGGCUGAUAACUUCACCAGUCUACCUGCUUUUGGUUUAUUUGACGUCUGAUAUAUUUUUGGUUGUACAUGGUUUAACUGUACAAUUAACUGUUUUUAACUAGGGUCGGUGUUUUAUCAUACCCUUAUAAUUUUAUAUGUUUAUUUUUUAAAGAUUUAAAUGCAAUAUUUGCCAUUUGAUCACAAAAUAAAAUGCCAAGUUUUAUUUGAUUGGUUAAAAUUUUAGCUUGUAGAAAAUGAUAAUUUUCUUUCUGGUUGUCCAAAUAUAACUGAUCUAUUUUUAAGCUGGUUCAGAAUCAAUUAAUUACCAACAAAAUUUUGUUACAAUCAAUCUGUUAAUAAGACUACACAAUUAAAAACAACUACAAUGAUGCUAUUGUAAACCUGAAAUACUUUGGUCGAGAUUUGUAUUCAAUAUUUUGGUACAUGAUGUAAUAGUCUAACAACGAAUAAAACUCAAUUUUUU